GUUCGUUUCAUCGCUUUACAAUCGUGUUGAAAUUUCAAGAUGAUGCUCGGCCUUUCUAUCACUGCCCUUACUGUCGUAGUGAUUUUGAUAUCGUGGAUUUACAAAAGAUUUAUGGAGGUAAGAUUUUUUUCUCACAAAAACGGUUUUUCAGAGCGCGAGGCCGACGGCGUGCGAUUCUCGCGCGAAGCGCGCGAGCCGUCUUACACUCCGUUUUCACCCUCGGUUGAUUGCUAAUGCACCCUCAAGCGGGCCUAGCGCAUGUACAGGUUUUUUUUGUGUGUGUAAGUUUUAAAAUUUUAUGUAUGAAUCAUGUUUACCAAUAUCUCAUAUGUCCUUCUAUUAACUUUAUGAUGAUCGCAAACAUUCUCUAAACCUCUGGCGUUCAGUUUGCUUUUCCUCCAGUAAUCCGUUGAGUAAAAUGCACGUUAAAAAAAGGGGGAAAAAAAAAACGAAGCCAGGACUUAGAAAAAGAAGUAUUGGGUAGAGCAUGUAGUUUUGUCUUUUCCUGCGAAAUUUCAAGACAUGGCCGUCACGCAACAAUAACGUGUUAACAGUCACUGAAGCUUUCUUCGCCGUAAAUUGUAUAGCCUGCAAGAUUGCUCAGGCUAUAAACUGAGUGAACAACUUAAGGUUUGGAAUGUAGAGACAAAGGAGGGAAAUUCCUUGAAAUCAGUCUGUGGCUGUUUCAUAGACAGGUUUUCUUGGACAGGAGCGAAGGAACAGGUUUCGUCAACUUCCUGUUUCGGUCUGUUUCGUUUUCAUUACUUCGGACUCUCAUCCAGUUUCAUUUUUGCAAAAGAGAAAACAAAACAAAAAAAUAAUGGUCACUGAUCUUAACAUCUCGCGUGAUCGCUUAUGUUAUAGAAUUACUUCUGGCAAAAUGAUUCUGGGGAAAUUAUCGCAGGAACUGGCUUCAGGACCUUUUCACCAACACUCAUAGCAUUCAAAGAUGAAGGCUUGAAGAAAUUGGGAAUGUACUUGCUCCGAUUUUUACCCGGGCCUCCAAAACUGUAAGUAUUGUUACUAAUAUUUUCAACUUAGAUAUUUUUGUUUUGAUUUUUAACAUUUCAUCAAACUGCCUAAAACUUAAUUCUCUUUAUACAUUUAAAAUAUUUUCGUUUUCGGGAUUGUCACGUAGCGUGACGCACUCUUUGUCUUUUCAGCACGAUGUAGUUUUCAGGGCUGUAGGGGCAAAUUUUGACUGGCCUUCACUAAUUUACAUGCCGUCUAAAUAGUCUCCAAUAUAGACAUAUUGUUUUUUGGCGAGCGUUUUGGCUAAAAUGUAAGUGUACUUGCUUAACUGCAAUGGCAACAUCGUUGCGUGAUAUUGUAAGCGUGACUGGGGUUUCAGUUGCUUAAUUGUCACAACUGUUCUGUUUGUUUGUUUGUUUUUGCUUUUGAAUGAAAGUAUCGACUUCGUUAGAUCCAAAUAUGUGUUAAUUUUUUUCUCUUGCCUACAGAAUCAUUACAGAUCCACAAAUCGCUGUGAAAUUCAUGGCAAAACAGCAUAAGUAUGAGCGUUUAAAGGACUUCAGAUUGGGAAGUGUGUUUCGCCAGCUGUUUGGUCACGCAGCCGGGACGGCAAGUGGUGAGGCUCACAAGCGGAUACGGAGUGCAUUUGACCCGUGUUACAGCACAGAGAGUGUGGCACAGGCAGUGGAUAUGAUGGAACAGGAAUGCAAA